AAAAUUUUGGUCAGGAGGCGAGGGGUUAAGCUUCGGGCACACGUGUCCGUAACCAUUAAGACGACGCCACGAAUACAAGUUAAAAAAGACAACUGUCAAAUAAAAUCCUUCCAAGCAUCAACCAAAAUUUCUUCCAACACGAGAGAAAGAGUCUGUAAAGACUUGAUUUCUUUUAAUCAGAGGAUCGAGAUCUCCUUUUCUCUCUUCAAGCAGCUAUGUACAAGUUCUGGGGUUCUAAGGAACAACAAGAGCAGGCGCGUCCACAAGAUGUUAAUCCUGCACAAUCUUGGUACCCUCCAUCUGUAGUUACUUCUCCUUCUUCUUCACGCCCUGCAACACCAACUAGUAGCUCUUCUAGUUUCCACAGCUUACAAAGGCCUACUGAACGCCCACUCUCUCCUUCACCUGCUGAAGCUGCAGCCAUUAUUACUCUUUUGAAGGACAAGAGUGUUGAUGAGCUACGGAAGCUAUUGUCUGAUAAGGAUGCAUACCAUCAAUUUUUACUUUCACUUGACCAGGUUAAAAUUCAAAACAAUAUAAGAGAUGAGCUUUGCAAGGAAACUCUGCAGCUUGCCAGAGAGAACUUGGAGAAAGAGCCACGCAUAAUGGAGCUAAGAAAUCAAUGCAGGAUAAUUCGGACAACUGAGCUGGCUGCUGCUCAGGAAAAACUAAAUGAGCUAGAAAAACAGAAAGAAGAGUUGUUGAGGUCCUGCUCUCCCGCCUCCAUCCUGCAAAGGCUACAAGAGGCAAUGAAUAAGACAGAGGAGGAAUCAGACGCCUUCCAUAGGCAGUUCCUUGAUAAGGAGAUAGAUCUUGGGGCUUUUGUGCAGAAGUACAAAAAACUCCGUACCACCUAUCACAAACGAGCACUCAUCCAUCUUGCAGCAAAAGCAUCUCCGACUGGGUGACCUGUAUUUGAAUGUAUACAAGUACACUGAGAUCACAUGUUAACUUGUUUGUGUAGUAGAUUCAUAUAUUCUGAUGUACUUUCGACAUGGUGGUGUAUCAUUCGCUCAUUAUAUUUUUUCAGUAUGUUCGUGUAUCAUUUGUUAUUA